UACAAUACACCCCUUACCUACGCCGCAAGGUUGCCUGCUACUGAUGGACGGAUGUGGCGCCUAUCAAUUGACGGUGGCCUGAAAUUGAAGCCAUUCACCUAAUCUGCCUGGUAAUUCGUCACUAGACAUUGCCCCUUAAAGCUGCGCCAAGCUGCGCAGUCGGCACUCCCACACAGUCGCCUCUACCAAGUGGACAAGCUGCAGUGGAGUGAACAGCAGACAACAGUUGCUGCUGCUGCUAAGGUAUCGUCAUCGCAUCGCCGCCGACGGCUAACCCAACCCCGACCCCGAACGGACCCGACCUUGCUUGAUCUCGGCAGCAACACCUCCAGCCCUCUCCCGACCAUGGAGGCAGCUUCGGCACGCUACGCCGCCAGAGACCGCUGGGGCGAGACAGGCUAUCCGCCGCCGUCGCAGCUGCACCGCUUCAUCCAGGCGGCCUGCAGUGCCGAGAACUACGAGCCCAACCUCGCCCUCAACCUCGAGAUCUCCGACCUCAUCAACGCCAAGAAGGGCUCCACCCCGCGCGAGGCCGCCGUCGCCAUCGUCAACCUCGUCAACCACCGCAACCCCAACGUCUCGCUGCUCGCCCUCAACCUGCUUGACAUCUGCGUCAAGAACUGCGGUUACCCCUUCCACCUGCAGAUCAGCACCAAGGAGUUCCUCAACGAGCUUGUGCGCCGCUUUCCCGAACGGCCCCCUAUCCGUCCCACCCGUGUCCAGCUCAAGAUACUCGAGGCGAUAGAAGAAUGGCGCGGCACCAUCUGCGAGACGAGCCGCUACAAGGAGGACCUGGGUUUCAUCCGUGACAUGCACCGCCUGCUGAGCUACAAGGGCUACACCUUCCCCGAGGUCAGGCGCGAGGAUGCUGCCGUGCUGAACCCCAGUGACAACCUCAAGUCGGCCGAGGAGAUGGAGGAGGAGGAGCGUGAGGCCCAGUCUGCUAAGCUGCAGGAGCUCAUCCGGAGGGGCACACCCGAGGACCUGCGCGAGGCUAACCAGCUCAUGAAGGUCAUGGCCGGCUACGACACGCGCACCAAGGUUGACUACCGCGCCAAGGCCGCCGAGGAUGUGGGCAAGAUUCAGCAAAAGGCCCGCCUGCUCGAGGAGAGGUUACAAGAAUUCAAGCCCGGCGACAAGAUGGCCGAUGGCGACGUCUUUUCCGAGCUCGCCGCCGCCCUGUCGAGCGCCCAGCCCAAGAUCCAAAAGAUGUGCGAAGAGGAGUCAGACGACCACGAGGCCGUGGCCAAGCUGCUCGAGAUCAACGACAGCAUACACCGGACUGUUGAGCGCUACAAGCUGCUUAAAAAGGGCGACAUUGAAGCGGCCAAGCAAAUAGCCAUGGGCGCCCCCAUCCCGGCAAGCAGCGCAAGCAAAAAAGGCGCAGCGAAUGAGCUGUCACUGAUAGACCUCGACGACACAAACGGCACCGCCUCCCAGUUUGCCUCCCAGACCGCCGGUCUCGAGAACGACCUCCUUGGGUUAUCUUUAGGCGGGCCCCCCAGCUACGGCCAGGCGGGAGGUAUAGCUCUAGGGUUUGGGGCCAACACGAAUAUCCCUGGCCCUGCACUGUUGUCGUCAGUGACGCAAAGUAACAGGGCAAAAGGCCCGCCCGGAUCAAAUACAUCUCCCCCGCCCGCAUCCCCCUUUUCGAAUUUCAACUCGUAUGUAUCAGCUCAAGCUCAAGGAUCCCAGCCCACCACGCCGCAGCCACCGCUAUCCAUGAUGUCCGCCUUUUCCCCACCCCCCCCUUCGAAUGCUCCCCUGGCGGGAGCGGACCCCUUCACCGCGCUAGGGUCGCGCUCUUCCUACUCUUCCACGCCUAUCCCGGCGCCGGCGCCAGCGGCAGCUAAUGACGACGACGAGUGGUCCUUUUCGUCGGCACUGCCCCCCGAGGCUCCGCCGCCCCAACCGCAGCACCCCAAGGAGCAACGUGUCGUGGCCAGCAACACCAACCUUAAGAUUGAGCUCGUAGCCAACCGGUCCCUCGACGCCGCCGCUGCCAUCAGCCUAUUGUUUAUGUUCACCAAUAACACGGCCCAGCCCGUGACGGACCUGCAUUUCCAGCUUGCCGUGACAAAGGGCUACGAGCUGCAGCUGGUGAGCCUCCAGUCCGGCAGGUCGCUGGCCCCCAAGCAGAGCCGCGGCGUCACCCAGGCCAACCACGUCUGGCACGCCGGCGACAGGUCCAAAAAGGUCGAGGCCAUCAAGCUCCGCUGGCGCGCCUCGUACAAGGUCGGCACCGAAGUCAAGAUGGAGACGGGCGAGAUUCCAGAGUUUAGCAUUGCAUAGGACUGACGUGUUGCGUGGUAGGGGGGCUGGUCUUGUCUUAGUUUCUUGUUGUUGCUUGGGUCUUGUUAAAAUGAGAGGCCGUGUGUGGCGGUGUGGUUGAUGGAUAGCGAGACAUGACAUGAGCGGAGAAGAGAAAAGAAGAGAUGAUUCUUUUUUUUUUUUUUAAUAUUUCCUCCUUGCUCACUCGCACAUUGUGACUUGCUCGUGUAUUUGAGUCGCGCGUGUUAGUGAAGUGAGAAGGAGAGCGAUAGUGAGAGCGAUAGUGAGAAGGGAAGUGAGAACCAGCCAGCUGACUCCAGAACCGGCUCGGCCACUGUUAUACGUACACAGUACGGAGUACGGAAACGGAACUUACACGUUCUCAGCACUAAAGGUGGGGGAUUCGUAGCACGUGAUUGGCGGGGUCUGGCUGGUGUCCACGUUUACCUACCUACCUUCGCCGCGCGUUUGGAGCAGCG